AGAAAACGGAUCGAUUAAGAUGUUGUAUUGCCUUAAGGUGUUCACAUUCUGUAGGCCGUGUCUGUUCUCCCCACGAUUAUUUGGGAGAAUAUAUCAAAAUUCCAACACUAACGCGCAAUGUAUCCACAGAUGGCAAAAGCAGACCAACGUUUUGGGCAGAGAGAUGGAUCGGACCAGAACUUUGACUAUAUGUUCAAACUGCUCAUCAUUGGAAAUAGCAGUGUUGGAAAAACCAGCUUUCUGUUCAGAUACGCCGAUGACACAUUCAACAACUCCUUCGUCAGCACUGUGGGUAUUGAUUUUAAGGUGAAAACCGUGUACAGGAACGAGAAAAGGGUCAAGCUUCAGAUCUGGGACACAGCAGGGCAGGAGAGAUACAGGACAAUCACCACAGCGUACUACAGGGGAGCCAUGGGCUUCAUCCUCAUGUAUGACAUCACUAACGAAGAGUCCUUCAAUGCAGUCCAGGACUGGGCAACACAGAUUAAAACAUAUUCAUGGGAUAAUGCCCAAGUUAUCCUAGUUGGUAACAAGUGUGAUAUGGACGAUGAGAGAGUGGUCCCCCCAGAAAAGGGCAAACACUUGGCUGAACAACUUGGGUUUGAGUACUAUGAGGCCAGUGCGAAAGAGAACAUCAAUGUCCGGCAGGUGUUCGAACGGCUGGUCGACAUCAUCUGUGUGAAAAUGUCAGAACGAGUGGACACUGACCCGGCCAUGGUCACUGGCACCAAGACCACCCGGCUCACCGACAAGCCUCCACAGCUACCUCAGAACUGCUGCUGAGCACUACCUCUUGUUAUUAAAGGGGCAUUCUGGACCAUAUCAACAUGCAGUUGUGUUGUUCCUGCUACGUUUGACUAACAGUACCCGUUCAGCCUUUUCCAAGAUCCUGGUAGUUCUAAUUGGAGCAUGGUUUGCUUUUUUUUUUUCUUAAUCAUAGAAGU